AACGAGUGCCCCUUUGAAGGCGGGGGUUGGCAUUCUUUUCUCUUCAUUUAAGAAUCCACGACAAUCCAAGAAAAUUUAAAUCCCAUCUUCCCAAUUCAGGAAACCCCCUCUUCUUUCUGGGUUUCCUCUGGAUAAUCCGAGAAGAAAAGAACAAAAUUUGUCUUCCAAUUCUCCUGGAGAUGGAGGCCUCUUCAGCCAAUGAACGCCUUCAUUUUGGGAAGAUGGGAUAUGGAUGCCAACAUUAUAGGAGGAGAUGUAAGAUUCGAGCUCCCUGUUGCAACGAGGUUUUUUGGUGUCGCCAUUGCCACAAUGAGGCUUCGAGCAUGUUAAAGAACCCCAUGGACAGGCACGAGAUUGUUCGCCAAGACGUUAAACAAGUUAUUUGUUCGGUUUGUGACACAGAGCAGCCGGUCGCUCAACUUUGUUCAAAUUGUGGUGUCAACAUGGGAGAAUAUUUCUGUGCAAUUUGCAUGUUCUUUGAUGAUGAUACCGAGAAGGAGCACUUUCAUUGCCAUGAUUGUGGGAUCUGCAGAGUCGGAGGUCGUGAUAACUUUUUUCAUUGCAAAAAGUGCGGGUCUUGCUAUGCCAUUGCGUUGCGAGAUAAUCAUUUGUGCGUGGAGAACUCGAUGCGGCAUCAUUGCCCCAUAUGUUAUGAGUACCUAUUCGAUUCGUUGAAAGAUACGACUGUGAUGAAAUGCGGUCACACGAUGCACUGCGAAUGUUACGAUGAGAUGAUAAAGCGAAACAAAUAUUGUUGUCCUAUAUGCUCGAAGUCAGUGAUCGAUAUGUCUAGAACCUGGAAGAGGAUAGACGAAGAGAUUGAAGCAACUGUAAUGCCAGAGGACUACCGGCACAAGAAGGUUUGGAUCCUAUGCAAUGACUGCAAUGACACUACAGAAGUUUACUUCCACAUAAUAGGGCAGAAAUGCAGUCAUUGUAAAUCAUAUAACACACGCACAAUCGCCCCUCCCAUACUUCCUCACUGAGAAGAUCACGAGCGAGGAACCAAAGAAGUGAGCUCGAGGCAUCUAAGGUUUGGGCCUCUACUCAUUAACGGGAAGACAAAUUCUUGAUUACAUGUUACAAUCAUUUAAACUUGUGUUCAUCAUUGGAUUGAUUACUGUACCACAAUAGUAUAUGAUUCAUAUGGCACUGGCAUUUUUAUAUCUUACGAAUUUCUUUCUCCCAUUUCGGAGUUUUAGAAAAAGAAUGCAAUGGUCGAUUGUUUCAUUGAUAA